CAAGUAAUGCGAAAAUCAAUAUACGAUCUGUCGAUGUAAGGUUAUGUACACCAGGGAUAACAGUCGGAACUAGGUCAUAUGCGAGGCAACAAGAGUGAUACUGUGUGGAUGACGUUCGAAGAUGUGUUUACUUGCAUAGCCUUACUCAAAAUCGUGCACCUGUAAUCCACGUUAGCGAGACCCCUAACCCAUCGGCUUGCCAUCCGGACUCCAAGAGGACUGUAUGUAGAACAUAUGGAGAAGCAUGCAGAGGGCUGUCCGAUCCAUUUCCGGCAAAGUAGCCACACUUAUUGCCUGAAUAACAACACUUACGCGGGAUCGGGACACCCCACCGCCCCAAGCCAUGCCAGUCCAACCCAAGCUCCUCUCGCUGUUCCUGGCAGCUCUCCUAGCUCCAAGCUCAUCCUUAACCUCAGCACAGCAAACAGCAAGCUCCCUCGUCAUCGACACCAGCACACCCGCACCCAUUGCAGCUGACCCCAUCUGGGGCUGUGAGGCCCCAGCACUUCCCCCGGGUGCCGUACAUGUCGUGGUUUCCUCGUACAAUGCGGAACCCGAGCAGCUGCUGCCCUGGCUCUGGCACCUGGGCCUUACCAACGCCAUCGUGUACGUCUACUACCGUACGAACGAUACCAGCAUUCCAGCCAUGUACGGCAGCGGUGACGUCAGCGGUACUGCUACUGCCUUACAGCUGCCGUGCAACAUGACACUGCGGGUACUGCCCCUGCUGCCCAAUAAGGGUCGGGAGGCGGCGGUGUUCCUACACCACCUGGUGACGCACUACCAGGCGCUACCCGCGGCCCUGAUGCUAGCUCACGACCACGGCCCCGCCUCGCGUCACUCCCUGUGUGGCCCCUUCUACCGCCGAGCGCGGGGCUACUACCGCGGCCUGUGGGAGCGAGAGCAGGUGGAAGCGGGGGCUGAGGGCGGGCGGAGGAAGGAGCAUGAGCCGAGCGUGUUUGAGAGGUUCGCGAGCAUGAUGGUCACCCUCAGCAGCGGCUGCAGCGAGAGUUGGGCUCGCGGCUGCUGCGCUACCUUCGUCUGCUCCAGCUCGCCUCAAAUCUGCCCCUUCGCGCCGGAGGACUGCACUGCCUCCCAGCGCGACCCACGGGUCACCGAGGGACCCACGCCCGGCGUACGGCAGACCUACAUGCAUGUGGAUGGCUUUUAUGAUGUACGGCACGAGAACAAGGUGGUUGUUGCUGGCGAGGCGUCGUACCCUGUGGCCUUGCUGCGGUACACUGGGGCAGCUCACAGGUCUGCAGGCAUGUGGAACAUCUCCACGGAGUAUCCACCGGGGGAGCAGCGGGCCAGCCGGGAGGAGACAGCUCAGCUGCUGCAGUCGCUCAUCUCCCGUUACCGCAGGUCCGGCAAGGCAGGGGGCGGCAGCGGCUCGCUCUCCAGGCGGCGCGCCUCGCCUCGCCGCCUGCACCACGCCUUCAAGAGCUGCUGCGGCUCCUUUCUAAUGCGGAGGGAGCAGGUGCUGCGCUGGCCGGUAGAGAUGUACGGGGAGAUGCUGGCAUACUCCAUGGACCCCAAGCUGGACUACGAAGCUACCAAGGCUGUGUCGGGUCCGGGAUGGUACCUGUGGACGGAUCGCGACUACGACCGCCGCGAUGUGAUGACCUACAUGCAGGUGGACGUGCGGCUCAAGUCCAUCCAGGGCUGUCCCUCGCAGCGGCAGCCGCACCUGCAGCGGAUCAUUGCCGACAUGCGCGGCAGGGCGGCGGGGUAGCAGCUGCGGGGGUGCAGGGCGGCGGGGUAGCAGCUGCGGGGGCUGUAGCAGGGGGAGCAGCAGCCGGUGUGAUGGCGAUGGUAAUGGCGACUCAGUGGCGGUGGCAAAAUCGAUGAGGAGGGAGGAGGUGGAUGGCAACACGCGGCGUAGGGGCUUCCAUGGCACAGGGUGGCAGGGGCAACUGAAACGCGGCGUUCCUAACACGAAGGACGCGAGGGGGAGUGGCGGUGGCUGCGUGACAGCGUACGGCUGCUCCUUGGGUGCGCGGUGCAGAGAAGGGGGUGCAGGAUGCAGGGAGCCAGGUGCAUGCGGAACGAGCGGAGUUGUGGGCGUGUGGCUUGUGGCGACCUCCACUGGUCGCGGAAGGGAGUACACCGAAUCCACACUGAGCACUGUUACCAGGAGUUUACCAAAACGCCGGGAGCAGGGACACAUUUCUUCCACUAGGC